AUGGAAGUGCAGACCCUGCUGCCCGGCACCGGCACCAGCACCAGCACCGGAGCCGACGACCAGGAGGCCCUGCAGGCAGCUGUGAAGAUAGAGUGCCCGUGGAAGGCCUGGGCGCAGAAGCCAGUCACCUUCGAGGAUGUGGCAGUGAAUUUCACCCAGGAAGAGUGGGACUGUUUAGAUGCCCAUCAGAGGGUCCUCUACCAGGAUGUUAUGUCGGAGACCUUCAGAAACCUGGUGUCUGUGGCCAGAAUCUUUCUGUCUAAUCCAGAUCUGAUCACCAAGCUUGAACAAGAAGAGAAACAGUGGAGAGCAGACCUCUGUCCCCCAAAUGGAGAAGGCCUCCCUUCAGGAGGCAAGGAGGGACUUCGAGAGCACAGUCCGAGCUUGAGAGAUGAAGCCGGAUGCAGAGGGUCUGAGGGCAGGACCCCCGGGUUCCCAGCGUCCUGGGCGGGGCCUCCCUUUCCCUGCCACGUCUGUGGCAGGUGCUUCAGCAAGCGCUCCAACCUUCGCUAUCACCAGUUUGUCCACAAUCUCAAGGGGACGAACAACUGCAGCAAGUGUGGGAAGUCAUUCCGGAACCCCAAGGCGCUCAGCUACCACAGACGCGUACAUCUCGGGGAGAGGCCCUUCUGUUGCUCACUUUGUGACAAGACCUACUGUGAUGCGUCUGGCCUGAGCCGUCACCGCCGUGUCCAUCUGGGUUACCGGCCCCACUCAUGCCCCUUCUGCGGGAAGGGCUUCCGGGACCAGUCUGAACUCAAACGCCACCAGAAGAUACACCCAAACCAGGCGCCAGUGGCUGGGCUCCCGGAACCCAUGGUCAGGGGCCAGGGGCUUGCAGCUGGGAACCACACGCCAGUGGCCAGGACCCAAGAACCCAUAUUUAGAACCAAGGGUUCUGUAGCUCACACCGAGCCAUCUAUAGACAGGAAGCGGGGAGCUGCAGCUGGGAGCCAGGCGGUCACGGGGAGAGCUCACACCCCGGCCACCACGACCCCAGGGCCCGGGCCCAGCACACAGGCAGCCAGCCCUAGAGCCCGCUGCUUGAGUAGCAGGGCCAAGUCUCACUUACCUAAGCUUCCAAGAUUCAAGGUCUUCUCUUGCCCUUCCUGCCCCUUGACUUUUGGUAAGAAGGCCCAUCUCUCCAGGCACCAGGAGGCCCACCUCGCAGAGCAGUCGAACUGCUGCUGCUGCUGCGGCAAGGCCUUCGCCUCGCUCCCGGGGCUGCUCGGGCACCAGCGGACGCACUGGAAGCACAAGGUCUACCGCUGCCCUGUCUGCGACGUCUGCUUUAGGGAGAGGGAGGACCUCGUGGGUCACUGGGGGAGCUACAGAGGCAAGGGGCUGUGCCUGGGCAGUCCCCACAAAUGCUGGACUAUCCUGGGCCAGUGGCUUGGCCUUCCCAGUGCCUCCCCUACAGCAGGGAAGGGAGUGGGUCUCCGAGGAGCCACACACCCAGGGCGGGGGAGGGGGGCAGGGCGAAGGGAUGCAGAGGAGAAGCAGAUGAGGCGGUGAGGGUCUUGGAACAUAAAUAAAUGGCCGUUGUGACUAAGGCCUUUCUUUGUGUUGGGUGUUCCUGAGGACUGACCUCCAGGGUGAGGAGGCUGGGGUAGAGGAGGCGAGGUGAGGGACAGUGAAGGAGUCCAGAAAGGAAAAGGGACAAGAAGGGGCACACAGAAACUUGCAUUAUCAGUUAGCACCUGGCUUGUCUCUGUCUUACCCACCAUCAAGCAGGAAGCGCUGCAGGAAGCAGCAGUGCUCCAAUGGGCAUGGAGAUGGGGGGGGCAACUCUGAGGGACCAUCUGGACAUGUCCGGGAAGUGAACGGGCGGCCUCCUGAAGCACGCGAGGGGCCACUCUGCAUCCUUUGUCUCCGUCUCCUUGGCAGGCUGCUGGGCAAGGUGGAGCUCAGGCCAGAAUCCGAGGGUCUCUCCCCACGUCCUCAUUCUGCAGCUCACUCUGCUCUGUGAUGUUUUGGACUCAUGUUCCUUCCCUUUAGCCCAUGGUGACCGAGGACUUGGGCGGAACUCCCAUGUGCAGAGCUGCCACGCUGCGGUUUGCACGGACAGAGACCCCCGCGCAAGCCUCCAGCACAGCUGUCCUCUGAGGAAGAGCACCUGCCUGACCUCCAGUGGACGACAGACG